AUGGCCACCCUUCCGGGCAGAGUGGGGAGGAGCCUGAAAAUCCGAAGAGGGCAGUUCCCCAACUCGCGUAGCUUGAGCUCGUGCAGCAAGGGGGACGCACACCAGCGGCACGCCGUGAAUCUGCAACACACACACAGGGAGAGUGACGUAUACAGGCAGUAUGAUCACCUUCUCAACAUAGGAAGCAAAACCCCGGAACAGGUGAUAAAACUAUUAAGUAACAUAAAUAGGGAGAGGAGAUGCGAUGCGGAAGUGGUGAAGACGAUCACCAACCAUGUGUACGAUUUUUGUGAAGACUUCUUCCCCCCUCAGUUGGUUAAAAUAUUAGAAAUUUACGCAAAGUUAAAAUACUCAAAUGAAACCUUACUUGGAGUUGUCUGCAACAGAGUAAACGACCUAGUUAACAUUAGGUCUUGUCUAAGGGUAAAAAUAAUGAUCAACAUUUACAAGCAAUUAAAUCUGCACCACCCUGUUGUCAAAUCACCACUUAUGUGUCAACUGAAUAGCAACAUAAAUGAUUACAAAAAUGAGUUGGUGUCUAUAGUUAAAAAUGUGUCCUAUCUGUACGUAGAUGCAGAUACCUGUGCCAAUAUUAUAAACAGAAUUUUAACCAACUACGAUUAUUACGAUAAAGAUGGGUUCACGAUACUUGAGGCAUGCAGCAGGUUGGAUAACCCGCAGGAGGUACUGAUCGAUUUGGUAAACAGGAAGGUGAAGCAAUUGCACACCAAUGGAAGCAGUUGCACCUUCAAAGAUUUUGUAAAAUUUCUAAGUGCAUAUAAAAGGCUAGGGUUAAAGGAGAACACAUAUAUACAUGACCAGUUUGAGAAAAAAAUUAAUCACAUCAAAUUGUUGCCCCCAGAGAAUAUCUCCUAUGUGCUCCUCCUAUUAUUGUCAUCCAAAGUAAGACAUGAAGGAUUAUUCGAUUUGGUCAUCAUCAAUAUAGAAAAUUUCGUGAACAGCAAAAAUGAACAAUCAUCCUUGGAGGAGAAAAAUUUGUAUGUCGUUCCACAGGGGGAGAAGUGCGGUGGUGAAAACGCACAAAGGAAGUACACCCCACGUAAUACUUACAACCCGUACAUUCUUCACUUCUUGCCCUUCCACCUGCUCCUACUGACGCUGCUAAAUUAUGGGGAGAAAAGUACACUCAAGCAUCUGCUAAACGUGUGCGUCCUGGAUUACCUACAUUUGUAUGAUACAUCGUGUUUAAUUAAGCUUCUCUAUGUGUGCACACUCCUGGCCAUGGAGGGGGAAGAGAUAAAUAAAGGCGCACACUCAGCUGAGCUGGAACAAAUUGCACAGGAUAUUUUCCUAUCCCUUCAGUAUGUGUAUAAAAAUGCCACCAUCAACGAGAUGAAAAUAUUGUAUGACUGUUUUUUAUAUCACCAAAAGGCUGUUGAAAAAAAUCCCAAGUUGGUGAAGUUACACGAUGAGCUGUUGCACAGUGAGUGUCUGUCCCUUUUACCAUCCUCUUAUGAUAAUUUAAAUUUUGAAAAUUUAAAAAUCAUCAGAUGUGGUAGUUCGUCUUACUUGCAGGAGAAGACUAACCAUAGGAUUCAUUUUUACCUCAACCGGAAUGAUUUUUUUUCCUCCGAUGUAAGCAGCUAUGAUGAGUUGCUGCUUAGCGUGAAAUUACGCGCGAAUAUUUUGCACAAGCAAUACGGGGGGGCCCACACUGUGCAAAUGGUCUACCCUGGGGGAGCAACUGACAGUUGA